GACUCGGAGGUAGAGAGUCAGAGCGGCUCGUCCGGCGGAUCUCAACCUCUGAACAAACCCCCGGUGUCUCCUCUCAUCCUUCCCCUCUCCCCUCUUCUCUUACCCGACACUGUUUUUCUCCGGAGCCCUGGAAGCUUCUAUUUCUUUCUUUCUGCACCCCGUCUUCUUCUUCUUCUUCUUCUUUUUCUUCUUCUUCCCCCUCUCGACUCCGGCCAACAGUUUGGUUUUUGGGGAUUUAGGAUUUAUUUUUUAUUGCUGCCGGUUCCUCUCAGCGCUGCUGCUGCUGCUGCUUUCAUGCACCGACGCUGAUUUUGGAUUUGCUCAUCACUGGAGAAGAAGAAGAAGACAAGACUCAGCGAGGUGGAUCCGUGGAUGCGCCUCUUUGGCUCAAACUGGAGAUGGAAUUGCUGAUAUUGUUGUUUCAUUCCCUGUGGAUAUUGCAGAGCAACACAGCGAGGGCAGACUCCAUCAUCCACAUCGGAGCGAUUUUCGAGGAGAGCGCCGUCCGGGAUGAUGAGGUGUUCCAGCUCGCCGUGUCUGACCUCAGUCUGAGCGAUGACAUCCUGCAGAGCGAGAAGAUCACUCACUCCAUUAAACUCAUCGAGCCCAACAACCCGUUCCAGGCCGUGCAGGAAGCCUGUGAGCUGAUGAACCAGGGCAUCCUGGCGUUGGUGACCUCCACCGGCUGUGCGUCGGCCAGCGCUCUGCAGUCUCUGACGGACGCCAUGCACAUCCCUCACCUGUACGUCCAGAGGAACAGCGAGCGCUCCCCCAGGACGGCCUGCCAGUUCAACCCCAGCCCCGGGGGGCAGCGCUACACGCUGGCCGCCCGGCCCCCGGUCCGCCUCAACGACGUCAUGCUGACGCUGGUGGAGGAGCUGCGCUGGCAGAAGUUCAUCGUGUUCUACGACAUCGAGUACGACAUCCGAGGGCUGCAGGGCUUCCUGGACCAGACGUCCCGUCAGGGCGUGGACGUGGCUCUGCAGAGAGUGGACAGGAACAUCAGCAGAGUCUUCACCAACCUCUUCACCACCAUGAGGACGGAGGAGCUCAACCGAUACCGGGACACGCUCCGUAGAGCCAUCCUGCUGCUCAGCCCCAACGGAGCGCACACCUUCAUCCAGCAGGCGGUGGAGACCAACCUGGCGUCCAAAGACAGUCACUGGGUGUUUGUGAACGAGGAGAUCAGCGACUCUGAGAUCGUGGAGCUCACCAACGGUGCACUGGGGCGCAUGACGGUGAUCCGGCAGAUCUUCCCCAUGUGGAAGGACAGCAACAGCCGGUGCAUGAGGCAGAACCACCGCAUCUCCUCUUUACUGUGUGACCCACAGGAAGGAUACCUGCAGAACCUGGAGGUGUCCAACCUCUACCUGUACGACAGCGUGCUGAUGCUCGCCAACGCCUUCUACAGGAAGCUGGAGGACAGGAAGUGGCACAGCAUGGCCAGUCUGAACUGCAUCAGGAAGUCCACCAAGCCCUGGAACGGAGGCUGGUCCAUGCUGGAGACCAUCCAGAAGGGCAACAUCACAGGUCUGACCGGUACCAUGGACUUUAAGGACAGCGGCUCCAACUCCCACGUCCAGUUUGAGAUCCUCGGCUCCAGCUUCAGCGAGACCUUCGGCAAGGACAUAAAGAGGCUCGCCACCUGGGACUCGGUCCACGGUCUGAACGGCAGCCUGAAGGAGAGUCGGAUCGAGAACGGGAUGCAGGGGGUGACAGUCAAAGUGGUCACAUUACUGGAGGAUCCUUUCGUCAUGGUGGCAGAGAACAUCCUCGGGCAGCCAAAGAGAUACAAAGGCUUCUCCAUCGACGUCCUCGAUGCUCUGGCCAAGAUCCUGGGCUUCAAAUACGAGAUCUACCAGGUGGCCGACAGUAAAUAUGGAUCUCAGCUUCCGAACGGCUCGUGGAACGGUAUGAUCGGAGACCUCAUCAACAAGAGAGCCGACCUGGCGGUGUCGGCCAUCACCAUCACACCGGAGAGGGAGAACGUGGUGGACUUCAGCAAGCGUUACCUGGACUACAGCGUGGGCAUCCUGCUGAGGAAGCCAGAGGAGAAGAUCAACAUCUUCUCCCUGUUCGCGCCCUUUGACCUGGCCGUCUGGGCCUGCAUCGCCGCCGCCAUCCCCGUGGUGGGCGUGCUCAUCUUCCUGCUCAACAGGCUGCAGGCCCUACGCACCUCCUCCUCCUCAGGACCCAACGCCCCGCCGGGUCCCAACGCCGUGGGGUCGGGGUCCCUGCACAGCGCCAUCUGGAUCGUUUAUGGAGCUUUUGUCCAGCAAGGUGGGGACGGAGUGGUGGGCUCGGUGGCUCUGAGGAUUGUCAUGGGCAGCUGGUGGCUCUUCACGCUCAUCGUGUGUUCGUCGUACACCGCCAACCUGGCCGCCUACCUCACUGUGUCACGCAUGGACCACGCCAUCAGGUCUUUCCAGGACUUGGCCCGGCAGAUGGACGUGGACUACGGCACCGUGCGGGACUCUGCGGUCUACGACUACUUCAGGAACAAAGGCACCAACCCUCUGGAGCAGGACAGCACCUACGCGGAGCUGUGGAGGACGGUCAGCAGGAACAACGGCAUGGACUACUCCGUGUCCAGCCCGUCGGAGGGAAUACGCAAGGCGAAGAAGAGCGCCUACGCCUUCCUGUGGGACAUGGCGGUGUUGGAGUACGCCGCCCUGACCGACGACGACUGCACCAUCACCGUGUCUGGAAACAGCAUGAGCAGCAAAGGCUACGGCAUCGCCAUGCAGCACGGCAGCCCCUACAGAGACCUCUUCUCCCAGAAGAUCUUGGAGCUGCAGGAGAAGGGCGACCUGGACAUCAUGAAGCAGAAGUGGUGGCCUCGCACCGGCCGCUGUGACCUGAGCAGCCACGCCAGCGCUCACCCCGACGGCCGCUCCCUCAAGCUGCACAGCUUCGCCGGCAUCUUCUGCAUCCUGGCCGCCGGCCUGCUGCUGGCCUGCCUGGUGGCCGGCCUGGAGGCCUGGUGGAACGGCAACCGGUGCCGCCCGGAGCAGCCCAAAGAGGUUACUAAGGAUUACAGACUGGCCAGGGUUUCUGGUCCAUUGACAUAUAAUGACAUUACAACUGCUUCAUCGGAGGGGAGGAGGGACAUUUGGACAGACAGAGAGAGAGGCUGGGAUGAAGCAGAAGCUAUUGAUACAGGACAAGGAGGUGAACCUGGAACAGGUGCAUCGUCGUAUGAACAGUCUUUUGGACGAGGACUUGGCCCACAAGCAGAUCCCCGGCCCCUCUAUCGAGAUCUCUGCGCUGGACAUCGGCAGCAUGCAGCCCAGCAGCCCUCCGUCCCUGGGCCUCGCUGUGACCACCUUCCUCCCCGGGGAGGGGGCGCCGCCUCCCCCUCUUCCCCACCUCCCUCACCAUGGGGGGACCCUAGGCAGGACGCUACCCCCGUCCCAGGUCCCUGGCAGCACCGCCACGCUGCCCCCGCACCACCACCCCCUCAGCAGCACCAGCCUCAGCGGCACCAUGCAGUGCAAACACAGGGCCCCCAACGGGGGGCUCUUCCGGCAGAGCCCUGGCAAGACCCCCAUGCCAAUGUCCUACCAGGGAGUCUCCGCAGGACCCAUACCCGAAGCCAUUGAGGCCACCCACAGUACAUCCAUUUAGA